GUACUUGGGCAAAGCUCUCGCGAGAGGUGCCAAGGUGCCGGUGCGCAUGUGGUGGUCCUGGGCACGGCGGGUUGAGGGGCGCGCUGGGGCCGCGCUGCUCUCUUCUGUCUCUUCUCCCUCCUCUCUUGCGCUCUCUCCUCCGCUCCACGCCCCUCUGGCUCUCACGGAGGGCAGGCGUCAGGCCAAGGGGGAAUUCGAGGGGUUUUGCGCCCCCCCGGGAGCCAUUUUGCUCGCCCCGUUCGCACCUCCUGUCUUUGCCCGCACACUGAAGGCUGAGCCUCUGCCUCCCCACCGCGUCCCCACGGGCGGCCGGAGCGGAGAUGGGGAAGGCGGCGAAACGGAAGAAAAAGGUGUCAGUGCCCUCCACAGCAAAGGGCCCCGUGAAGUCAGCGAUGGCCGUGGUGAAGAGCAACCCCUUUGAGGUGAAAGUCAACAGGCAGAAGUUUGACAUCCUGGGGAGGAAGACCAAAAAUGAUGUGGGGCUGCCUGGUGUGUCACGGUCCAAGGCCAUCAAGAAGCGCAAUCAAACAUUACUGAAAGAAUAUAAAGAACGAGAAAAGACAAAUGUGUUUAAAGAUAAACGUUUUGGUGAAUAUAACACCAAAAUAACUCCCGAGGAAAAGAUGAUCAGACGAUUUGCUCUGGAAAGACAGCAAAAUUAUGGAAAGAAGAAUAUCUAUAAUCUUAAUGAAGAUGAGGAAUUGACUCACUAUGGCCAAUCUUUGGCAGAAAUUGAAAAACUAAAUGAUAUUGUUGAUAGUGACAGUGACACAGAAGAAAGAGGAACACUAUCAGCUGAAUUAACUGCUGCUCACUUUGGAGGGGGUGGAGGCCUCCUUCGUAAAAAAGUAUCAAGUGAGCAGCAAGAUGAAGAAGAGGAAAAACCUAAGUCUAGGAAAGAACUCAUUGAAGAGAUGAUUGCCAAAUCUAAACAAGAAAAGCAAGAGAGGCAAACUCGGAGAGAAAGUGCCUUAGAACUGACAGAAAAGCUUGACAAAGACUGGAAGGAAAUCCAAACCCUUAUUGCCUGCAAACCCCCAAAGUCAGAGAGAAAAGACAAAGAAGUAGAAAAACCCAAGCCUGAUGAAUAUGAUAUGAUUGUUCGAGAACUUGGAUUUGAGAUGAAAGCAAAACCUUCAGAAAGGCUGAAGACAGAAGAAGAAUUGGCCAAAGAGGAGCAGGCUCGACUCCAGAGGCUCGAGGCAGAUCGAUUACGUCGAAUGCAUGGAAUAGAUGAAGAGGCAAAUAAAAAGAGGCCCAGCCACAUGUCAGCUGAUGAUUUAGCUGAUGGCUUUAUCCUGGAUAAAGAUGACAGACGUUUAUUGUCUUACAAGGAUGGAAAAAUUAAUAUUGAAAAUGAGGAGGAGAAAGAAGAGGAGGAAGGAGAGGAAGAAGAAGAGGGGGAAGAAGAGGAAGAAGAUAAUGAGAAUGAAGAAGAAAGUCAGGAAGAAUCUGUAAGUGAAGAUGAGGAUGGUGCUGCAGAUAGCCACUCUGAUCUUGAAUCUGAUCUUGAGAGUGAAGAAGAAGCUGCAGGGAAUAAAAAAGAGAAGAAACACAAGGCAAAUGAAAAUGAGCCACAGAAUGUGGAGAAAUUAGAUCCUAAGAGAGAAGCUGCCAAAUCAGAGCUUCCCUAUACAUUUGCCGCUCCUGAGUCCUAUGAGACAUUUAAGUCUUUAUUGGCUGGAAGAACAAUAGAACAACAACUUACUAUACUGGAGAGGAUUCAGAAAUGCAAUCAUCCAAGCCUUGCAGUGGGAAACAAAGCAAAGUUGGAAAAAUUGUUUGGCUUCCUUUUGGAAUAUAUUGGAGAGUUAGCAACUCUGGAUUUACCAGAGCUCAGAACAAUUGACAAACUGGUCCUGCCAUUGUACAAUCUUUGCCAGAUGUUUCCUGAGGCAGCCAGUGACAGUAUCAAGUUUAUCCUUCGAGACGCUGCACAUGAUCUGGAAGAAGUAAUUGAAGUCAAAGGCCGUGCAACAUUUCCAGGUUUAGACACGCUUAUUUAUUUGAAAAUUGUAUCUCUGCUGUUUCCAACUUCUGACUUCUGGCACCCAGUUGUAACACCUGCUUUUAUGUACAUGAGUCAGCUGCUUACUAAGUGUCGCAUUACAACAUUGCAAGAUGUUAUUAAAGGGUUAUUUGUAUGCUGUUUGUUCCUGGAAUAUGUAUCUUUCUCUAGAAGAUUUGUACCAGAACUUAUCAAUUUCCUUCUUGGAGUACUUCACAUCUCUCUACCCAAAAACCAGGCCCAGGGCUAUACUGUAGUGCAUCCAUUUACACCAGUGGGGAAAAAUUUAGAACUGCUAUUGGUGCAUGAUGAGGAGGAUCUGAAAAGUUGGGAGAAGCAAAAUGUGCCAUUGAGUAUUGUGACUAGAUUAAAGGAAACGAGCAGAACAGAGAUAAAUCAUACCAGGUUAUCAUGUCUAGCCCUGUGUUUUGACCUUAUUAAAAAAUGUGCAGCUCUCUAUGAACCUUUACCAUCAUUCCAUGAAAUAAUGCAUCCUGUCAGAAUACUCCUUACACAACAUGUGCCAGUUAAUGAAUAUCCUGAAAAAUUGCAGGAAUGUUAUCACAGUGCUCUGAAAGAGCUGGAGAACAAAGUAAAGCACUAUACCCCACUGAUAUGUGAGAAAAAGAAGCCAGUGCCAUUGAAACAGUAUACCCCUAAAAUUGUCAAAGUCUUAGAGUUUGGAAAAAAGCAAGCAGGCAGCAAGAAGGAGCAAGAAAGAAAGCAGUUGAUCCAGAGACAUAAACGUGAACUUAAAGGAGCCAUUCGUGAGAUUCGGAAGGAUAACCAGUAUCUGGCUAGAAUGCAGCUGUCAGAAACCAUGGAGAGAGAUUCAGCCAGAAAAAGAAAAGUGAAAGAGCUUCUUGGUAGCCUUGCUACUCAGGAAGGUGAAUGGAAAGCAAUGAAAAGGAAUAAAUGGAAGAAUUAACUGGGACUCUCUACAGCAGGGAGCUUGCUGCCAUAUAAAACACCCCAGUCAUAGCUUUUGAACAGAUUUUAAUUGCAUUUUUUGAAUGCAUUCCUUUUGAGGAGACAACAUCAUUGGAUCUGAUUGAAAAAAUGAACCUGCUUAUUAGGACAAUCCACAGCUUUUCAUAAGGAAAAUAAAAGUAACACUUUUGUACGUGGCAUGCUGCUGUUUUAU